AUGCUCUCCUCAAUCGCAAUUCACCUUCUGAUGGGUCUGGGCCUCGUCAUGGCAGAGCCCAUCAAGGUCAUUCAGCAGCGUCAGUUUGGCGAGGGCGUCGUUGAGGCUGGAUCCAUCCAGGUUCGCGACGCCGAAGUUGAGGCGCGCGCUUUGAAGAAUAUUCAAGCUCUCGCAACAUUCGACACCUUGAUUGCCAAUACCAAUCCCACCUCUUCGAUUGGAUCCUAUGGUGCCUUGACCUGGCAGGGAAUCGCCGUUGCCAAGGUUGGAAGAGCUCCAGUCAUUGGAAUUAUCCCCAUUUCUGCAAACAAUGUUGCAGUCUACGGAACGAUUUCGCAAACCAUUAGCAACAUUGCUACCGUCUCGGCUGUGUACCCUGGCUCCAAGGUCGCGAGCUUCUCUCUCCAAUCAUUCUACUACGCAUGCACUGCUAGUUUUGGAAAGCUCCCCACCGAGUGCCGAGUGGGUGUUGCCGGCUACGACAAGAAAAACAUUCUCAUCGCGUACAAGGCCUUUAACUUUCCCAGCAGUACUGGUUUCGCUACAGCCCGAAUGUCUACUGCUACGCUGAGCUCGGCAUUCAAAGGACUUGCCUACGUCAAGUUCAGUACCACAUACCUGAACAACAUUCCCGGCGUGACAGUCCUCGACAACAUGCAGUACACCAUCACAACUGCCUAG